ACAGAGUGGAAUUUACUGUUCACCGUGCCUUAUGACCCGUUAACAUUUCCACACAAGCUCUUAGUUAGAAAGAAUUCAAAAAUUAGAAAAUAUCCAAAAAACUGCUUUAUUAACGAACAUGAAGAAUUAAAAAAACGUAUUGACGUCUUGGAGGCCUUGUUAAAUAUUGAAGUUCAUGAAGUAAAAAAAGAAAGAAUAACUUUAUAUAGUCAAAUAAUUGGUGUUGACUUAUUAGAUGAUGGAUUGUAUUUCGGGUUCGAAGAAGAGUACAUCAAGUCUGACUACUUGACUAGUAACUUUCACAAACUGUGGCUACGACGCGCUUCCAGUUCCUUUCUAACUAUUUUAAAAUCUCGAAACAAU